CAACAGAUAAAUGUGCGAGUCACCACAAUGGAUGCUGAGCUGGAGUUUGCCAUCCAGCCCAGCACAACAGGAAAACAGCUUUUUGACCAAGUUGUGAGGACAAUCGGUCUUCGGGAGACAUGGUUCUUUGGACUUCAAUAUCACGACAGCAAAGGGUUUUCAACAUGGCUGAAACUUAAUAAGCGAGUCACAGCUCAGGACGUGAAGAAGGACAACCCUCUGCUCAUCAAAUUCCGUGCAAAGUUCUACCCUGAGGAUGUGGCUGAGGAGCUGAUCCAGGAGGCUACCCAGCGAUUGUUCUUCCUCCAGGUGAAAGAGGGGAUUCUCAAUGACGACAUCUACUGCCCUCCUGAGGCUGCUGUGCUGCUGGCCUCUUACGCUGUGCAGACCAAAUAUGGAGACUACAAUAAAGACUAUCAUGUUCCUGGAUAUCUCUGCAGGGACAAACUGCUUCCCCAGAGAGUUCUUGAGCAGCAUAAACUUACUAAAGAGCAAUGGGAAGAACGGAUUCAAAUUUGGCACGAGCAGCACAAAGGCAUGCUAAGGGAGGAGGCUAUGAUAGAAUAUCUGAAGAUUGCACAGGACCUGGAGAUGUACGGUGUUAACUACUUCAGCAUCAAGAAUAAAAAAGGCUCAGAGCUGUGGCUAGGUGUCGACGCUUUAGGACUCAACAUUUAUGAACGUUCAGAUAAACUGACUCCCAAAAUAGGAUUCCCAUGGAGUGAGAUAAGGAACAUUUCUUUCAAUGACAAGAAAUUUGUCAUCAAGCCAAUUGAUAAAAAAUCUCCAGACUUUGUCUUCUACGCCCCUCGUCUUCGCAUUAACAAACGCAUUCUGGCUCUCUGCAUGGGAAAUCACGACCUUUACAUGCGCCGGCGAAAGCCAGAUACCAUUGAAGUGCAGCAGAUGAAAGCCCAGGCCAGGGAGGAGAGGAACAAGAGACAGCAGGAGAGGGCACUUCUGGAGAGCGAGAAAAAGAAGAGGGAAAAUGCUGAGAAAGAGACUGAGAAAAUUGCCAGGGAAACGAUGGAGCUUAUGGAGAGACUACGGCAAAUAGAGGAGCAGACCAAAAAAGCUCAAGAGGAACUCGAGGAACAAACUAAACGGGCUUUAGAACUGGAGAAGGAGAGAAAGUUUGCUCAGGAGGAGGCGGAGAGGUUGGAGAAAGACCGCAGGCUGGCAGAGGAGGCAAAAACAGCUUUGCUGCAGCAGUCAGAAAACCAGAUGAAGAACCAAGAGAACCUGGCAACCGAACUGGCCGAGCUGACAUCUAAGAUAUCUCUGCUAGAGGACGCCAAGAAGAAGAAGGAAGACGAGGCCAGAAAGUGGCAGAAAAGGGCUAUUAUGGUUGAAGUUGACCUGGAGAGGACAAAAGAGGAGUUGAAGAGUAAGUUAAUCGGGGUCCAAAUUCAGGCACCGUCUCAGACGGAGAAUGAUCAUGAUGAAAACGAUGAGAGCAGCGCAGAGGCCAGUGCUGAGCUCACCUCCACGGGAACAUACCGAGACCGCAGCGAGGAGCAACGCGUGACUGAGACCGAGAAGAACGAACGUCUUCAGAAACGCCUGCAGGCCCUCAGCUCUGAACUGGCCUAUGCGCGUGAUGAAACCAAGAAAACUGACAAUGACCUGAUCCAUGCUGAAAAUGUGCGUCUGGGGCGGGACAAGUACAAGACCUUACGUCAAAUACGACAGGGCAACACCAAACAGCGCAUCGACGAAUUUGAGUCUAUGUAA